AUGCGGUGGAGGUUCGCGGCCCUGCAGCUGCUGUUGCUGCUGACACUGCUCCUCGCGGUCGCGCAUCUGACCACCGCGCAGUCGGACCCCUCGGUCCACGACGAACUCGAUGACGCCGACGACCUCGAGCGGCUGGAGGCCUUGCUGGACGAGGCUGAGCGGUUGGGGAUCGAGCUCAGCGCGGACGACGCCGUCGACGAGUUGGCGGGUCUGGCGCGGGACGAUGUGCCCACGGAGGACGUGGAUGAUACCCCGCCGAAAAAGGCGACGAAACCCGUCGUCCAACAGCCGGAACCCGCGCCCGCGAAGAAGGUCGAGCCCGUGAAGACGAAGGCGGCCGAGGCGAAAAACGCGGAUCCCUCCGCCCAGCCCGCGCCCCCCAAAACGCCGCCGAAGGAGGACCCCGACGCCGCCGCGCGACGGACGGCGAAGAGGCUGGAGGAGCUGGAGAAAAAACGCGCGGACGACGUCCGGCGCGCGGAGGAGGAGACCGCCAGACGAGGGGCGCAGAGGCGGGCGGAUGCGAAAGCCGAGGCGGACGCGAAUGCGAAUGCGCAGGCGGAUGCCCACGCCCGGGUCGCCGAUCCGGACCCGACGGAGGACGACGUCGCGCCCGCGCCCGCCCCGCGCGCCCGCAUGCUUCUCGACGAGUCCGGCGAGGGGUACGCCGCCGACGCGGCCGCGAGGGCGCAGCUCGAGAGGGACGCGGCGCGGCGGUCGCUGCUCACGCUCUCCGUCUCUGGCGAUAACACGCGGUGGGUGGGCUUCGAGGAUAUGCCCCAGCGCUACCGCGAGCAGAGGAGCGGGCCGGAGGUUCGCAUCGCGCGGGACCACGGCAACACGCAGGUGACCAGACCGGGCGGGUACUGGCAGGCGGCCAGGUUCAACAAGGUUGAGCGGCCGUCGCGUUCUCGGCUGCCCGCCAAUUUCGGCCGGGGCAGCGGCGAGGGUACCCUCUCCGGUCCCCGCGCCGGGAUCAAUCAGCACGAUCGCGUCGGGAUCAACAAGGCGUCGGGCUGGCCCGGUCGAUUGCACGACUCGCAGCGGGGCACCGACGCCUACCCGGCGAUGGACACGAGGGACAACGUCGGCACGCACGUCCAGCCCUUCGUCAAGGGCGUCACGUCUUACUCGCCCAACAGAAGGUACCAGAACUACCAGUACAGGAACCAGUUCCAGACGUCCUACUUGACGUGCGGCACCGGCGCGAGCCUCAAGACGACGUCGUACCCCUCGAACGGCGCGUCCCUGUGCGACAGCGGAAACGGCGGGAGGUUUGUAAACGUCGUCGGGACGCACUCGCUCAAGGCUGGCGAUUAUGUCACGUUCAGCGGCGUCCUCGGGGCGGACAGCGCGGAUCUCAACAACAAGGCGUUCAAGGUUGCCGUCGUGGGAGCCAACAUGAACAACUUCUCGGUCAUCUCCGGCAUCGACGCCACGUCCAAGAAGUGGGACGUGAGCAGCGCGUACGUCACCAAGCUCAAGACGACGACGGCGGCUAACCCGCACCCGCUCGUCUCCGAGAGCGACUGGUCGUACGAGGAGGGCGAUAAGAUCUACUUCUUCGUCACCUUCAACGAGGCGGUGCAGGUCACGGGGAUUCCGCGGCUGCUGUUGAACACCGGGAACCACUUCGAGGCUGGCGCGGCUGACGCGUACGCCACGUUCAUCGGCGGCGGCUUUGGCGAGAAGAAGACGUUUUGGAAAAACAACGAACGAAGCCCGCUCAAGAACCCCAUGGAGCCCAACUCGUGGUACGAGGACGUGUAUCACGUCAACGACGGGGGCUGCACCAUGCGCGGGUUCCAGGGCGACACCGACGAGGUCACCGCCGCGACGGUUCCCGACUGCGCCACGUACAGCGGCGUGACCAAGACGGCGAACGCGAAGGUCCGGACCCGCCGUGUGCACUCGUUCAAGAUGGGCGACCUCGUCAUCAUCCAGGGGGUCACCGGCAAGGACGCGCACUUGCUCAACAAGCAGCACACGAUCGGAUCCGUGGCGUCCACGGGCGCGAGCGGGAACGACCUGUUUACGUUUAUUCCUCCGUUGGAUCUGAGCGACGGUGACGUCGAGUUUGACGCGCGCUUCGCCGUCGUCGGCCGCGCGAGCAUCGGCGCGUCCUGCCGCGCGGCCGGCGUCGGGGACAGGUCGUCGCACGGCGAGAACUUUUGCAUGUUCUCCCACGACACCAGGUACUCGCUCCCGGUGUCCGAAUCCACGCUGUUGGACCACACGAGAUACGCGCAGCAGCUCCCGGGUCAGCCGGGCCGGUUUGGCAUCGGCAACACGGGCGGCGGCGCGACCUUUGCCGUCGCCGCCGAGGAGGGCGGGAGCGUCGUGAACACCCGGAAAGAGUUCCAGUACGCGGAGGACCGCACGGAGCAGUACAUGGACAACGUUCUCGCCUUCGAAUACGUCGUCCAGUCCGACAACGCCUACGACCAGUCCGAGACUGGGCUCGGCUCCACGUCGGGCCAGGAGCACCUCUCCGUGGACCUGGACUACGCCGGCAAGGACGCGCUGGAUCUCAACGGCGGGACGGUUAAGCGCGCGUGCGCCAACAUCUUCCAGGUCAAGUCCAUCGACUGCUCGGGCAACGCGACGAUCGAGGUGUACGGCAAGCACAGGCUGCUGCCCGGCGACAUCGUGCAGCUCGAGGGUAUCGACGCCGCCGACGCCGUGAGCGACGCGACGAUCGCCUCUGACAUUCGCCACGAGAUGAACCGUCAGCACGUGGUCCACGCGCUUCCCCUCGACGCGGGGACGUCGCUCGACAGGGUGGACUGGGCCAGCAUCUGGGACGCGUCGCCUCCGUGGGGGUCGGACGUGAGCAAGUUUCAGAUCAAGCUCGACACCGCGAGCACGACGGCUUCCACGAAGCUCUGCGGCGACAACGGAAACGAGGCUCAGUUCAAGGUGACCCGAACCAAGUCCAUCGCGCGACGCAAGCGCAGCUACCUGGGCGACGGAAGCCAGUGCAAGUUUGUCGACGCGGAUCUCAAGCUGCCCACGCCGGGGGACAAGAUGAAGGGUUCGAGCGGAUUUGUCCAGUCGCUCUCGUUCAACAAGGACAUCACCGUCGGCCGCGCGUACGUCACCAACGUCACCACGGACGCGCCGCCGGGGAUAUACGGGUACAACGACGGCUACGGCGUCCGCGCGGGUGCCGCCAUCAACUUUGGCACCCCCGACAUCGUCGACGUGAAGGUUUCCUUCUCGGAACCCGUGCUCGCGUCGUGCGGCGAAGACGACGACAAGUGGUCGGCGCCCGAGCAGUACCCGGGGCUGCGCAUGAGGGUGUGCACGUCCAUCAAGCUCGUGCUCGCCACGUUGGACGGCGCCACCGCCGGGGAUGCCAACGAAGACAGCACGACGGGUACCUUUGGCGAUGAGAAGUUUCCUACGUCGUUUCUGUAUCAGACGGAUUACGACGCGCCAAACGUGCUCAACUUUAGGUACGUCCCCCGGCGCGGGGAUAGCACCGCGGCGCUCCAGUACGUGCGUCAGACUUCGCUGGAGGUUGGGUGCGCGGAGAUGGACGGCGCGACGUGUGUAUCCAUGUCGCACGUGAGGAGGAUCGCGGAUAACAAACCCGCGGGGCUGAAGCUGCCGCCGACGAGCAGGGACGCCGGGGCGUGCGCGCCGUCGACGAACCUCGCGGGGGAACAGCUGUGUCCGGGCGCCACCGUCGGUUCGCCCACGGCUGACCACAGGUACAGCCUGGCGGGUCAGAAGACCAUCGUCGUCAACGCGGUGUUCUAG